GAAGACAACCAUAGUGAAUCACACCCAUCGACAUCGUCCAAGCCUAAAUACAAGCACGCGAGUACAGAGAAUCGAACAUAAGCAUCAAGUCUCUUUCCGAAGCAUAAAUUAACCCCACUAAAAUGAAGGACGAAAUGGGGAAAAGCAGUGAGAAGAUGCCAGUCAUUGUCAAGCGGCCCACUAAGAAGAAGCCCAAAGACAAGCCGAAGAGGCCUUUGAGUGCUUAUAAUUUCUUCUUCAAGGAAGAGCGCGAAAAGAUUCUUCGUGUAGUCCUCGCCGAAGAUCCGUCCGAGGUAGAGAACGAUCCCGAAUCCGAGGAUCAUAUCGACGACGAGAUGCUUGGAAGACUCCGGAAGGAAGGAGGAAAGGUCAGCUUCGAGGAAAUGGGUAAACUCAUCGGACAGAGGUGGAAGAAAAUCGACCCCGAUCGUCUCACGAGGUAUUCAGAGCUUGCUGCUGAGGACACCGAGCGCUACAAGAAGGAAAUGCAGACCUACAACGGCCGUCAAGAGGCUAAAAUGCGUAGCGAAGCGCUGAAGCCACCAGCAUCGUUUCCAGGAAUGGCAAUGGGUAUGGACAAGGGUGGAUCAGCAGCCAAUAAUCUUGGAGCUUAUUCAGAUGCUAUGAGUGGAAUGAGUUCUGCGUUCGCAAAUGCCGGAGGUAUGCAAGGAUACCCUUAUGGUGCUAUGGAUUUUGGAGCCGGUUAUGGUGGAAUGGGCAUGGCCGGUAUGUACAACCCGUACGGUGGCUAUCCAGGAAUGCAAGGGGGCGGUAUGGGCGGAGGGAAUCCAGAUCCCAUGGCGCAUCUUCAAGGUGGUGGUAAUGCAAGCAUGUAUGGUAUGAUGGGCGGCGGUGGAUUUCAAGGUAGCAUGAUGGGAUACGGAGGUGGUCAAGUAGGAGCCGGAGCCCCUGGUUCUGAUCCACAAGGAGGAUAUCCUCCUCAAAUGGACCCAUCGCAAGCGAAUAUGUACGGCUAUGGAGCAGGUCAGGGUUGGGGAGGGCAGCAAUAAAAAUAUAUUGUCUUGGAAUUUGGCAAGUAGCAGCUCCGGUUGACCGGGCGGUAUCGUGUAUAUCUUGUGGUGCCACCCUUCUUUUUCAAUUUCUGUCUCGUCAUAAUCACUGAAAUCUUCCUUGGCAUCU